AUUAAAGUUACUUCAAUCUUAGUUUUUGAUAGUUAUUUUAUAGUAAAAACAAAGAAAAAAUUUAGUUAAUUCCUUUAAACAUUAAAAACACUAAGUGGAAGUGUUUGAAAUUAUCGCCCCAUAGCUGGUGCCGCUGGCGAUGAUGAAUUCUUGUUUGCCAGUGCUUGUAGCUACGGAUUCAAUGCACGGCUUCCUGAGGGACAAACAAGCCUGGGAGAAUGCAAUCUCCAUGUAUCAAGGGCCCGAUCCACUAGAUCACUGGUAUAAUUAUAUUUGCUGGUAUGAAAAUCAUUUGCGCGGUGAUCCAGAAAAUAAGUUCAGGGAAACGCUCGAACGCUGUUUAGCGCUAUUUGAACACAGUGACUUUUACAAGCAAGAUUUACGAAUGGUGCGUCUCUGGUUAAAGUACAUUGAAAUGCAAACACACCCACUGCAUUUUUAUCAAGUUUUAUACCAACGCGGUGUUGGUAGACAAGUGGCCGCGUUCUAUAUUGGUUGGGCGGGUUAUUAUCAGUCUAUUCAUGCGCUAAAAGAAGCUGAGUCUGUGUUUAGCUUAGCAUUCCAAGAAAAAGCUCAAACAUUUGAAGAACUUCACCAUGCACACAAUAAGUUCUUAUAUAUGCAAAAUGCUGCUCAAAUGGCGCUACAUCAUCAGCAACAACAACAGUUAAGCCAUCAACAAACUCAUGCGAUUCAUUAUCAACAAAGUGGACAGUGUCAAACACAACCCGUAACACAUACAAUUUCGCAGCCACAAAUUCCGCAACAAAGUCAUCCACAGCAACAAACACAAACUGCACAAAUGCAAACGCAGGCGCAGUCAUCUCAACACCAAAAUUAUCACAGACAACAAUCUUCUGCCGAUGCGACGGCUUCUAAUUCUUACUAUCAGCCACACGCGCAUGCCAGUAUGCGGUCCACGCAGAGUGAAUUGUAUCAACAGCAAGCUUACCAAAACCAAACGACUGGUUAUCAAAAUUCAACGGAACAAACUACUAACCAGUUUAACGGCGCCACUGUUAGCGUGUACCAAAAUAAUCCAGAAACUCACGCUGACGCAAGCACUUUUAAGAAUGGCACGCCGAAUGAGCGAGAAGAAUAUGGAAAAGCUAAUAGAACUACGUUACCGACAGAGGGAGGUCAUACCGUUAAAGUUGAGCCAAUAUGUGAAAAAACACUUACUCCAACAACAACGCCAAUUGSUCCCUGUAAAUUGCCGCGAAAAUUUGCCGCCUAUUGUCGCAACAAUUAUGAGACAUGGAAACCAGCACUAUUUCUAGAAGAGCCUGAAGACCCGAAUCGUCGUUGCCACUAUGCAAAGCAAUUAGUGUAUCCUGGAACAGGUGUGGAAUAUAGUCCUGAGGAGCUUAGGGCACAAAAGUUCAUAACACGUCUAACCGAAAUGCAACGUUUGAAAGAGGAAGCAGCACAGCUGAAGGCAGAAAUUACAGUAAAAACUGAGGAGAKUGAACCUACAACGCAAGAAAUACAAGAAAUAGGUGCUGUACAACAGCAACAUUUGCAACAACAUUUAGAAGUAMCUGUUGCAAAUGAAGGCGUAAACGUCAAUGUAUCUACUAAUAAUCACAAACAUAGAGCUAGUACAAAUGAGCAGUCUGGAACGAAUGGCGUUGAGCCGAUCGCACAAAAUUAUCAACACAUAAGUGCAUACUCUCAAACACAAAUUCAGCUGCAACAACAACAUCAUCAACAUAAUCUUUAUCGUCACACCAUACAACAAAAUUAUCAAAAUGAGAAGCAACAGCAAUUUCAGCAACAAAAUAAAUCAGUGAAUGAAGUGGACAAUGGGUUGGAUGAUUUAGAAGAUCAAAUUGAAGCUUCCACAAUACGUUUAGGSGAAAAUAAGACUAUAAAAAUUAAGUUCAAAAAGGAACGUCAGCAGCAUGGGCACACAAUAAAAGGAAAUAACUAUGUAAUUGAGGGCAUAUACCAGCAGGAGGUGUCUGCUGCUUCACCAUCGACGCCGGAAUUCGGUAGAAUUAAAAAUGGCCACACUUUUCAUCCGUACAGCAUGGAUAACACUUCAACACCCAAAACCAGUUCUAAACGCUAYAAAGCAAAGUUGAAGCGUAUUAAUAAACUGCCAAUUAGCACUGGUAGUAGCAGUAAUUCCUCGUCUGCGGAAAAUGGUGGCGAUACUAAUGGCAACAACAGCGCUGUCACUACCGAACACAUACAACCGGCUGAUACUGUGGACGAUGUUGUACAAAACGCCACAUUCAAUGAUAAUGCAAAUUAUUCAUUUUCAAGCGCCGUUGCAUUGGAUAACUCGCAUUGUUCAUUGACUUCGGCGGUGGGACGCCUCAAUUUCCGUGAUGCUACAACAGCAUACAAUACGAGUACGGUGGCAGAUAUUUCCACUUAUCAAGAGAACUCAUAUUUUGCCACACAACAUGAUACGGAGGCGAAGGAGCGACGCCUGCGCAAAGCACACGAAAUCAUUGAGCAUCACUUGAUCAAGGAGGCUAUCGAUCCGUUCAAUAGUGAAUUGUGUCGUGCAUUCCUAACUAAACUUGACUUCCCAGGCUCGGAUGAUAGUUGUGCCAAYUACAAAAUCGUACAAACACCACUGCCAAAGAUAGCGAAUACGCGCACGCUAAGCUUGCCCGAUGGAGUGCAAUUUAAUAUUGAUAAGGAGGUGGGACGUGGCUCCUAUGGCUCAGUAUAUAAAGCAACAGAUGCUAAUACUGGAAAUGUGGUGGCGUUGAAAUUCCAGAAACCGCCAAACACUUGGGAGAUCUAUAUUUGCGAUCAAGUGUUGAAGCGCGUUAAGUCAUCUAGUAUACUGCCGGGUCUUAUGGACAUUUCGGUAGCAAUAAUAGCGCCGAAUGCCAGUAUUAUCGCCACAGAAUUUUCACCAUUUGGCUCACUACUCGAUAUAAACAAUAAGAUACGCCAAGCAACCACAAAAGUGAUGCAUGAGUCAUUGGUCAUGCACUUUUCCGCGCAGAUAUGCAACAUCAUCAAUCACCUACACAUAAAUAAAAUAAUACAUGCGGACAUAAAGCCCGACAAUUUCCUGUUAAUGCGUAUACCCAGUACCGAUUAUCAUUAUCCCUCGCUGCGUCUUAUUGAUUUUGGCUGCGCCAUCGAUAUGACACUCUUCCCCGAGCCGGAUACGACGAAGUUUCGCAAGGUCAUACAAACGGAUGGCUUCACAUGCAUCGAAAUGCAGGAGGGCCGCCCAUGGGCAUACGAAACGGAUUUGUUCUGCAUAGCCGGUACCGUACAUGUGAUGUUGUUGGGCGAGUACAUGCAAUUGCAGAAGCGCGCCGGUACAUGGGACAUUAAGCAGAAAUUGCCGCGUUACUUAAAAAAACACGUCUGGACGAAGUUCUUCAAUGAUAUGUUGAAUAUAAAAAGCACAAAUUUGCCAGACUUGAACGAAAUGCGUCAUACCUUUGAUCAGGAAGCGGCACGCAUGGAUUCCGAAUUGCAGAGCCAAAUACGUACGUUAUCAAAUAUUUUGCAUCGGCGAUAACCGUGGCAAUAYUAGUGAAGCAUAUGGCAAUCGUCAAAUAAUCGUUACCACCCACUUAAUUUUUAUAUAUUUGUUUCUUUUAAUUAUAUCAUAAGUUCACUCAUGCCCAUAUUAUUGACAAUGUCUUACCAUGUGGCAAGUAUUUAGAAAACCCCUUUAUUUCCAUUCAAUUGGUAUCAUAAAUGAAAUUUGUUUUAUGCAAAAAUAAUUGUUUUGCAAUUUCAAUCACUUUAUGUUUUAAGUCAAUGUAUUAUUAAAACCGCUGCGGAGUAAGGUCCUACUGGCGAAAAUGAAACACCAAGUCUUUACUUGGUCUAUUGUAACAACGCUGCGGCCCUUACGCAUCUGUUCUUUGUACCAUAUCGCUUUUGGGCUCACAAGCAAUUGUUUACACAAAUAUAUUUUGUUCGCUUAGGUAAAAGUUAAAAAAAAAAACAUGCUAAAAGCUUUGCAGGCGUACCGUGGACAAGGUUUUGUUGAGGUUAUAAUCAAACAAAAUUAUAUAUGAUGUAUGUGUAUAAUAAAUCCAGAAAAUACAAAAAUUGUGUAUAUAUCGA